CUUGAAGGCCGUUUCUGGUGGCAAGCUGCGAUUCGGCAUCGAUUGUAAUGGCAAAGACUCAGCAACUUCCUUGCAAGAAGCUCUCACCCAAUCCGAUACCGGUGCGCGCUCACACUUGCUGGGUCUGAACGGAUUACCAAAGUCUGUGGGCAGAGGCGUUAUGCAUCACAAGCUCCCCAUCAAGGUCUUCCAUGAGGCGCCCAUUGUUGGCGAGGCCAUUUCAGUGUGGCUGGAAGAUCUGCUCGUGCACAAGAGUCUUCAAUUGCCUGAGGUUGAGAUCGCUCAAGGUGGUCUCGCAGGCAUCAAUGAUGCUCUGGACCGCAUGCGCACUGGGAAGAUUGGCGGGAAACGCGUUGUUGUGCCUGUUGGCGAGGAGGGCAAGUCUGGCCCAGGCACGCCACUCAGCAAUGGCGCUGUUCCAAAUGGCAUCGGUGCAACAGCCACUGAGAACCAGUCACUUGAGUACGCAGAUUCUCUCAACUCCGAUCCGGACCGCGUCAGAUUCGCAUAUUGGGUGCCAAACGUGUCUGGCGGUCUUGUCAUCUCAAAGAUCAAGCAAAACACGCAUUGGGGUCUGAAGUCGAACGUUACAUACGCCAAAACCGCCGAACGUGUCGGCUUCGAGUAUGCCCUCUCACAAAUCCGCUUCAUGGCUGGAUACGGUGCAGAAUAUCAGCACGAGCCAGUGUCCAUGUCGCAGGCACUGCUUCACGAGACUCAAAGGCUUAAACUUAUUAUCGCACUUUUGCCCGGACCCUGGAAUCCAGCUGUUGCUUCGAAGAUCAUUGCUUCUAUCGAUCAGUACAGUGAAGGCCGAGCUUGUGUCAACAUCGUCUCUGGUUGGUUCAAGGCAGAGUUCACCGCCAUCGGUCAAUGGUGGCUCGAUCACGCCGAGCGAUACCGUCGUUCCAACGAGUUCAUCCGAUGCCUCAAGGGCAUUUGGACCAACGACACGUUCACCUUCAAGGGCGACUUCUACCAAUUCCACGAUUUCCCACUGAAGCCGAAGCCGCUCAACUUGCCUGGGCGCCCACAUCCUGAGAUCUUCCAGGGUGGCAACUCCGACGAUGCGAAAGAGAACGCAGGCAGUGUCUCUGAUUACUACUUCAUGAACGGCAACACACUCGAAGGCUUCCAGGCACAGAUUGGCGAUGUCAAAGAGCGGGCUAAGAAGAACAACCGCGAGGGACAAGUCGGUUUUGCGCUCAACGCUUUCGUCAUUUGCAGAGAAACUGAAGAGGAGGCUAUUCGCGUUCUGCAAGAGAUCCAAGGCAAGGCUGAUCCAGAGGCCGUUGAGGGUUUCAGACAACAGGUGCAGAACGCCGGUGCCUCGACUGGCAACAAGUCUGGCAUGUGGGCAAACAGCAAGUUUGAAGAUCUGGUGCAAUACAACGAUGGCUUCAAGACCAAGCUGAUUGGCACGAAGGAGCAAAUCGCAGACCGUAUUGUGCUGUUGAAGAGCUUGGGUGUCAACAUCAUCCUGACAGCUUUCUUGCACUAUGACACGGAGAUUGAGCAAUUCGGUCGCGAGGUCCUGCCUCUCGUCAGAGAGUUGGAGAGACAAGGUCGCGGCAAGGACACGGCCGAUGAGAUCAGAAGGACGGGAGAUGUGUACAAGGCGAAGGAGAAGAAGUAAGCGGGAUCAUUCUCCUUCUUCUUGUUGCUUGUUGCAGU